AUGCUCUCCGGGCUAUUAAAGUAUGACUUUAAAAUGUUUACAUAUUACAGAAAAUUACCAAUUAAGUCUAAAAAUGAUGUUUUUAGUUCUGAUCCAUCAAAAACUGUCAAAAGAUUAAAAAUUUCUGACCCUUGUGCUAUGAAUAUUUCUAAAAUGAUGGAAAAUACCAGCAGCAAAGCUCUUGACAAUAUUUCCACAGAUGACAGUUAUGCAUAUAGUAUCUUCUUUUUGAUUAGAGAUGGUAUUGGACUAGGAAACAUCAAUAUAUCCUCUUGGAUAUGUAGUAUUAGAGAAACAAGCACAGAGCUGGAGCCAGUAGGAUUUGUUUUUACAAUCCUAGGAGAAGUGCUUAAGCUUUAUACCUCAUGCCUGAAUCAUUUUCUCGUGAUCACCGUUAUUAUUUAUUUUAUGUGUGAACUCAAAAGGGUAUGGAGUGAUGAUGGAGUGAGGUUCAACAUACCAUUCCAACUUUUCUGUGUUUUUGAAUUCGUUAAACUGUUUCUAUCGAUGCUAUCUUUUAGCAUUCUUUUCUAUAGUAGUUAUAGACCUAAUAUUACAACAAUUAAUACAUUGAAAAAAGCAGUUACAAACCUCCCAAUCGUAGUUAUGCUGGCUGAUGCAUGCUUUGUGAUAUUAAUCAAUAGGAACAUCCAAUACUUUUUCUUUAAAAAGGAUAGAAAGAUCCUUGAUCUAAAGUAUGUAUCCGCUAUAAUAAAAUCUAUCCCUCUCUUGAUUUAUUCUACCACGCUAAUAACUUUCGCAUUUAUUACGUGGGACAUGCCAAUCGUAGAAUUCAAGGUUUACGGCUCUAUGCUGGCAAUAGCUAUUGGCGCAUGCGUUAAUUUUAUCAUCACAUUGCUGUUUUUAAUGCAGAUCAAUUACCAUCAAUAUUUAAAGAGGACCACCGCUGUGCUUGUAUGA